CGAGCCCGUGCGAGGAGCCGCCGCCGCCGCCGCCGCCGUCCAUUCGCUGCGGAGCCGGAGGAGGAGGGGAGCGGCCUGGAGGACACCAACAUGAACAAGUUGAAAUCAUCGCAGAAGGAUAAAGUUCGUCAGUUUAUGAUCUUCACACAAUCUAGCGAAAAAACAGCAGUAAGUUGUCUGUCUCAAAAUGACUGGAAGUUAGAUGUUGCAACAGACAAUUUUUUCCAAAAUCCUGAACUUUAUAUACGAGAGAGUGUGAAAGGAUCACUGGAUAGGAAGAAGUUAGAACAACUGUACAAUAGAUACAAAGAUCCUCAAGAUGAAAAUAAAAUUGGAAUAGAUGGUAUCCAGCAGUUCUGUGAUGACCUGGCCCUGGACCCGGCCAGCAUUAGUGUCUUGAUCAUCGCAUGGAAGUUCAGAGCAGCCACCCAGUGUGAGUUCUCCAGACAGGAGUUCAUGGACGGCAUGACGGAGUUAGGAUGUGACAGCAUAGAAAAACUAAAGGCCCAGAUACCCAAGAUGGAGCAAGAAUUGAAAGAACCAGGACGAUUUAAGGAUUUUUACCAGUUUACUUUUAAUUUUGCAAAGAAUCCAGGACAAAAAGGAUUAGAUCUAGAAAUGGCCAUUGCCUACUGGAAUUUAGUGCUUAAUGGAAGAUUUAAAUUCUUAGACUUAUGGAAUAAAUUUUUGUUGGAACAUCAUAAACGAUCAAUACCCAAAGAUACCUGGAAUCUCCUCUUAGACUUCAGUUCAAUGAUUGCAGAUGACAUGUCUAAUUAUGACGAAGAAGGAGCAUGGCCAGUUCUUAUUGAUGACUUUGUGGAAUUUGCACGCCCUCAAAUUGCUGGGACAAAAAGUACAACAGUGUAGCACUAAAGGAACCUUCUAGAAUGUACAUAGUCUGUACAAUAAAUACAACGGAAAAUUGCACAGUCAAUUUCUGCUGGCUGGACUGAACUGAAGACCAAUCCUCACAAGGCAGCCUGAGGGUUGAGACAAAACUUUAAGGAUACAUCUUGGACCAUACCGUAUUUCAUUCUUCUAAUGGUGGUUUGGGCUUGUCUUCUAGUCUGGGCCACUCUAAACAUUUAUAAUUCCAACAUUGCGGAGUUCAUCUUAUAUCUGUGGACCAUCCUAGUUUAUUCUCCCAUAAGUCUUAGAAGCUUUAUGGUGAUUCUUUUGAGGUUUCCAUUCUCGCAUAAAGCACAAUGCUGUCUUCAUCAGAAAACAGUCUGGCAUAAGAAUUAAACAUAUGAACAUCACAAACGAUUUAUAAAAACUUCUGAAAUACAUGCUUUGGGCUAGUUGCAAAGACUACGCUGAUAGCACUUCCAGUUGAGAGUGAUAUAUUUAAGUGUACGGGAUCUGAAAUGGUGUUUUGGUUUGGGGGAGUUUUUUUUUUUUUUUUUGCAAAUCACAUGUAUAAUUGAAGUGAAUAGAGUAUCCGAUGGAAAAAAUGUCAAAAAUAACCGACGUGAAAAUUUUUUAGGAUAAUUUGGUGCCCACCUGAAAAGUUGAUUGUGCUACAGACCCACAGAGGUUCCAGAGAGCAGUCUGCCCUCACCCUGUUGAGACGUAGCUGUUCCACGGAGAGCGUUUAUUUAGAAAAUGUCCGCGUGACGUCAGAUGCCACCCGUCUCUACGUUAGGCAUGACAGGAUUGGAUUUCAUUAUGGUUGCAAAAUGCUUAUACGCCUGUCAAAUAAGUUAAACUAUUUAAUUUGUUUGGAACAUUUUAGAUUGCUACACAUACAAUAUUCUAAAAUUUAGGUGUGAGGGUUUGUUUUUUGUUUCGCUUUUUGUUUGUGGUCAUCGCACUAUGGAACACAAAUGAGAUUCCCUUAAUUUAUGAGAAUACAGUAGGAAUUAGAUUUUGAAAAUGGUCGCGAUGAGCCAUGAGGUUCAAUCUUUAUAAUACAGGUACUGCUGUUUCAGACAGAUAGUCCAUUUUUGAUGACUUCUUAUUUUGUUGAAAUUGCUUUAACUGCUAAUCACUGUGGUUGCCAAAUAUGUACUUCAGGAGCAAAGAUCUUCAAGCAGGCACAUGCUUGAUACAAAAACACCAAUCUGGCUUCUAUUUUCGUAAAUUAUUCAACCUCUCAGAAUUGUUUUUGUUUUACUCGAAUUAGCUCAGUCUUUCACAUCAAAGCAGAAUGUUGUAUUUUUUUUUUUACUACAAGACCCAUCAGCUGCUUUCAUGCUGAAAACGUUCUUUUCUCUGCCCACUGACUGACGUGUGAAGAAAUGUUACGGCUUUCUUAAGCAUUUCCGUAAAGCAAGUUAAAAAUGUUAAAAUUCAAGCGCUGGAUGAUGGUGGUCUGUAAUAGGAAUAGAUUUUGCUUGGUAUAUCCAGGCCCUCUCGGAGGUCUUGUGUUUAAAUUAGCAAAGGAGUACGCUUGAGAAUAACAGUAGAUUUUAUGCAAAUGUGGAAGCAGUUUUAAGAAACAGUGACAUACUGAAACUGAUUUUGAAACGGACUAGAAAGCUUUCCCCAGAGAUACUAUAUUAAUAUCCCAAUCAUACCUUUAAUUCAAUAAUACAAUUCUACCAAAAGGAAAAUUUGAAAAUUUCUUUUCAGGUUACUGGAAUUGGUUUUUGUUUCUUUCUUUAAAAAAAAAAGGAAGGAAAAAGGAGAAUCCUGCUGCUUUCAGUAUUUCCUGAGUUCAUUUGUGUACACAAAAAGAGGAACUUCAAUUAUGAAAAAUUUUAAAAGGUAUAUAUAUGUAUGGACUGUAUUAUUUCCUGUCUUGAAGAUUUUGAGUUAUAGUAUUUUUUUUUUUUUUGAUUAAUUCAAGUAUGCUAUGUUUUUGAAUGACAUCCCAUUAGCUUUUUUUUUUCCCCCACUAUAAAUUGUUUUUCAUAAAAGUUUGAUAUUGAUUCAUGGCCCAGUGCCUUGGAGUUUUGAAAGAUUUUUCUUUUUAAGUGGAAGACCUUUUCAACAAAAUAGUGUUUGUCAUCAGUUUGGUACUAAACAUUUAUAAUUACUGUGUAAUUAUAAACAGAAAUUCAUAAAGCUUUUGAAUAUAAUUAUGUAGCAUAAAAGUUGAGGUUGUUCACUCUGAUGGCAUCUUAGAAUUACACAAAACGAUUACCAGGGCUGAAGAGAGGAGACUGAUUUAACAUGAUGUGAUUAUUCUGAGCAUAAAGGAAA